GUGCUCCGUCGUCUGCUUAAUUCAAUUUAAUUGAAAAGUGAGGUUAACUGCAUGCCUGGAGGUUCCUGUGGUAGAAGUUAAUUGGGAAUGAGAGAUUUAUACUAAUAAACUGGGACUUGAAUUAAUAACUAUGAAGGAAAAAAAGAAGAUAUUUACCGAUGACCUAAUUGACUAUUCUAGUGGAAAUAGGACAAAAUGGUAUUCAGAGUUCGUUAAAGCAGAAGCAGCUUGCAAACAUACAAAGUCUGAAGUCGAAGUCUUGGACUUAGCAGCGGAGGCAAAGAAAUGCCUCGAUGGAGAUGCUUUGUCUUUUCAGCUGAAACAGUCGAAAUCUCGAGAUCCAGAGACUGCUUGGCUAAACACUGCGCUAACGCAGGGAACCAGUUCGGAUAAGGUCGCUGCCAGCAUUGUACUCGUACAGGACAAUCCUAAGUACAAUUUGAAACGAUUAACGUCCCUGGUUUCUCAAGUAAGAGUAGCAAAACAUAACCAGUGCAAUAUGAUUAUAACAUCACUGCGGGAUCUAUUUCUGGGCGAUUUACUUCAUCCUAAUCAUAAACUCCUGAAAUUUGAAGAGCAAGAUUUGGAUAAACUGGAUUCGUUAAAUCCAGAUGUGCCGAAACGUAAAUUAUUAGCUCACUGGUAUUUUGAGGACCAGCUCCGGGAACUGUACGAACGUUUUAUAGCGUCUCUUUCCAUGAUCGCUUCUGAAUCUAUUGAAGUAAAUCGAGAGAAGGCAGUUUCUGUAUUAAGCGAUCUGUUAAGGUCUAAUCCUGAACAAGAACAAAAACUUCUAGAGACACUGGUGAAUAAGAUUGGUGAUCCUAACAGCAAAGUUGCAUCAAAAACUGUCUACUGUUUAACUAAAGUUUUACAUGAACACCCAAAUAUGAAAUUAGUCGUGUUAAAAGAGGUGGAAAGACUUUUGUUCAGAAAGAAUAUAGCACAGCGUGCUCAGUACUAUGCGAUCUGCCUAUUGACACAAUUCACGUUGAGCAAGGGAGAUAAUGACACCGCUAAUAAUCUUGUGGAUGUAUACUUUGCUUUUUUUAAAGCAUGCUUGAAGAAAGGCGAACCCGAUAGCCGGAUGAUGGCAGCAAUUUUGACUGGCGUCACUCGAGCUUAUCCUUUUGUGAGGACGGAUACAAAUCAAAUGCAAGAUCACAUUGAUUCUGUAUACAAAGUCGUCCAUGUCGGGUCUUUCAAUGUUUCUUUAAACGCACUUAGCCUACUAUACCAAGUAACUGGGAAAGAUGAAGCCCAAUCCAACAGAUUUUACUCCACAUUCUACAGAAAACUUCUCGAUCCCCAAAUUGGCGUUGUAUCUAAAAGAGCUGUUUUCCUUAAUCUUUUGUAUCGAGUUCUACGAGGAGAUCCAAGCAUAACGAGACUCUGUGCUUCCUUGAAGAGACUAUUCCAAGCUAUUUUAUAUUAUUCCGCAAACAUGGCUUGUGCAACAUUAUACGUCAUCUCAAAAGUGCUGCAAUCUCGUAAAGAUGCAAAGUAUAUUUUCCAAAGGUGUAGAAUUUUCGUGAAACAAGAACACAAUCAUAACCUGUCAAAUGGCGAAGACCUAAAAUUGCCUAAAAUCGAAGAGGCAAAUGUUACAACAAAUGAUCCUGAAAAUUCAAUAAUCCUUCCAAAUAUUCAAGUGGAAUCUGUAGUGGAUAUGGAUGAAGAUGACACGAAAGAUGAACUACAGGAUCAAGUAAAGGACGAAGAAAAUAGACCUUAUGAUCCUUUCUGUCGUAAUCCAUUGCAUGCUAACGCAGCUAGGAGUUUCUUUUACGAAUUUGCAGCUAUGUCGGCUCAUUAUCACCCGAGUGUUUCUCUUUUUGCAAAUACAAUAGCUCAAGGGAAUUCGAUAAAAUAUACCGGAGAUCCUCUUGAAGACCUGACACUGAUUCGUUUUCUGGAUCGAUAUGUCUUCAAAAAUCCAAAGAAGCUGGAUAGUAAAAAAGUAUCAAAGAAGAACGAUCCACUGGCACAGCGUACUGCUUAUAUACCAAGAGGAGUUCGUGCUAUUCCAGUGGCUAGCGAAGCAUAUAUAAAUGAGAGCAUCGAUAGAAUUCCAGUAGAUGAGCUAUAUUUGUACCGAUACUUAAAGAAGCGUAAGGAGUUAAAAUGCGGAAUUAAAAAAGAGGAGGCUGAGGAGGAUGACGACAAUGACAGUGUCAAUAGUGAAGACUUCAACUCUUUGCUGGACCAAAUGGGUAAAGGGAAAAAUUUAAACGACCUCGAUGAGUUGGAUGACUUUGACGUGGCAGCAGACUUUGGUUCCGCAAAGAAGAAAAAAGGUAAUGCAACUGCAGACAGUGAAGAAGAGGAUGAAAUUGACGAGAUGGACGAUGGAGUGGAUGAAGAAAAUAUUUCUGAAGAAGAGCUAGACGAUGAAUUGGCAGGAAGUGACAUCGAUCUUGAAGACCUUGACGAAGACUUAAGUGACAUCGAAUUCAGUGACGAUGGCGAAGAGGAUGAAAGUGUGUUGAAUGACUUGAAACUCAAGGAUGUAUUCAUUAAUCAGAAGACUAGCAAAAAGCCUGGGAAGAAGGGCAAGAAAAAUUCAAAAGAUCUGCAAGAAAAUGUCUUCGUCUCUGCGGAAAAGUUUGCAGAAAUGCUCGAACAGCAGGGUCGAUCGAAAUUCAAGCAAGGCGGAGCAAAUGUUUUGAGUGACAUGGACGGGGCCAGUUCGAAGCAACUGGAUUGGGAAGUGGGAAGGAAUCAGAGAAUUAAGGGUCAUCCUGGUAAAAGGAAAUGGAAACCUACUGGCAGAUUUAAGAGAGAGGGAACAAAGAAAUUUAAGCGAUAAGAAUAUCUGCAGUGAAUUGAAACGAACGAUUAUUCUUUUCCAGAACUCCGUUUUCUUCUUCAUAUCAACAUUUAAUUCAUAUCGUCACCAUAAUUAAGUGGAAUACUUUUAAUUCGAUCGUCUAAUUUUCUACUCUUUCUAAACUAGAAUUAUCUCACACGUUCACAUGUAUAUUCCAAAGCUUUUAUUAUAAAUUUAUUCAAUCUCCGCUUUGUACAGUUAGUUAACGCGUGCUAUAAUUAAUAAUAAAAUGGCAGUGUGGCUGAUCACAAACCCAAGGAUAAAUAUACAACUGAGG